AGGAGCGGUAGGGGCUUGGUGCGAGUGGGUGGAGUGUCUUCGUUACAUUACGCAUUGCUCCUGUACAUUUAUUGUUUAAUAUGUCUUGCCAAAAAUUAAGCAGUCUAGGCCGAGCAUUGUGGCAAAAAAGCAGUAAAACGCCCUGUCCCUCCAGAACUGUAAAGAUGCAAGCCUUUGCGUGUGGCAGCGUGGCUUCCGGCAUCGUGGACGGUCAGGGGAAAUGUUACGUAAAUGGAGCGAAUUGUGGAUCUAAUCCGGGUGCUACAGACUCGGCGACUUCUGCGUCUCUAUCUCCAUCAUCAUCAUCCCCAGCUCACAGACGCCAGGUAGUGGGAAAAAAGCGCAGCGAGGAGUCGCCUUCUGUGUCCGGAAGGUCCUACUCUUCCAACGCUCCCAGAUUUGACCCCAAGACCUACUUGUGGGCACGGUACAACGAAAUGAAGCGACUCGUGCAUGAUCUGAUCCCCCCGGGGGUUUGUAACUUGCUGAACCCCUCCACAAUCUACGCUAAUAAUGAGGUCAGCCUGGCUGAGGUGGACAUCUAUGGCUUUGAUUACGACUAUACACUGGCCCUCUACUCUAGUGCUCUGGAUGCCAUGAUCUACAACACUGCACGAGACUUCCUUGUGGAACACUACAAGUACCCUCAUGGUAUUAAAAAAUACGACUAUAUCCCUAACUUUGCUGCUCGGGGCCUGCACUACGAUAUCCAGAAGGGACUCCUCUUGAAAAUUGAUGCUUUCCAUUACAUCCAGCUGGGGACUGUGUACAAGGGCCUGAAGCCGGUCCCAGAUGAGGAGGUGCUGCAGCUUUAUGGAGGAACUCACCAUGUUCCCCUGCACCAGGUUAGCGGAUUCUAUGGCAAGGGGCCCAAGAUGAAGCAGUUCAUGGAUGUCUUCUCCAUCCCAGAAAUGACUCUUCUUGCUGUAGCCAACGAUUUCUUCAUCUCCCAUGACAUUGAGUAUGACCCAGUCCAUCUCUACAAAGAUGUCUCGGAUGCUGUGGGAAUGGUUCACAUCAAGGGCUACAUGUACAAGUGGAUCAUGCAGGAUGUGGAGAAGUUCAUCCUGCGAGGAGAUGAGACAUACGCAGUUCUCCACCGCCUUGCCAGCAAUGGCAAGAAGCUCUUCCUCAUCACCAACAGCCCCUUCAGCUUUGUGGACAAAGGCAUGAGAUACAUGGUUGGGAAGGACUGGAGAGACUUUUUUGAUGUGGUCAUUGUACAGGCAGACAAACCCCACUUCUUCAAUGACUGUGUCAAACCUUUUAGACGUUUGGACAGUAAUGGGGAUCUUCAGUGGGACAAGAUUAACAGUUUAGACAAGGGACAAAUCUACAAGCAGGGAAACUUGUUUGACUUUCUGCGCCUGACUGGCUGGAGGGGAUCCAAAGUGCUGUAUUUUGGAGACCAUCUGUACAGUGACUUAGCAGACCUGAUGUUGCGCCACGGCUGGCGGACGGGGGCCAUUGUGCCGGAACUGGAGGUAGAAACCAAGGUGGUUAACACGGAGCAGUACGCCCAGACCCUAACCUGGUUGCAGGCCCUCACUGGUCUGCUUGAGCGCAUGCAGAUGCACCGGGACCCGGAGUCCAGGAAGGUCCUGCAGGAUUGGCUGAAAGAGCGUGAGGAGCUGCGCGCUGUGACCAAGAACCUGUUCAACCCGCAGUUUGGCAGCAUUUUCCGCACCUGUCACAACCCCACCUACUUUUCCCGCCGCCUCUGCAGAUUCUCCGACCUCUACAUGGCCUCCCUCAGCUGCCUGCUCAACUAUGACCUCUCUUACACCUUCUACCCCCGUCGCACACCCCUGCAGCACGAGGCGCCCCUGUGGAUGGACCAGCUUUGUACAGGCUGCAUGAAGACUCCAUUCCUGGAGGAGAUGGCCCACAUCCGCUGAGCUUAGUGCUCAUGACCAACCUAUGCAUAGCUCAGACAUUUCCGCUAAAACCCAGAACUUAAAAGAAUUUAGCUGUGGUUUUAAAAUUGUGCUCUCUGUGAGUCACAAUAUGGAACAUGUUGCAGACUGGUGCCAUGCAGGGGGUGAGAAUUUGGGUGCAUUCUCUGAAAUGUGGCAUACUUAUCCCUGCACAUCAGGGUUCAGAAUCAUUGCUCUCAAGUGUUUAACCUGCUGUCUGUACAUUUAUUUAGCUACCUAUGAAACUGGCAAAGGUCACCUAAAAGAAACCAAAAAGUGUAUUUUUGAACCUUAUGAUUUUGACCAUUUGGUCUAACAUGCACAGUCGACUGAUCUAGUCAGCUGUGGACCUGGUGAGCGGGAAAUGCUAUGUAUCUCUUCAGAUGGGAUUAUGGAAUGCUGAAUUGAUAUUCAUGGGGAUUUUCCUCAGUCAUAUACUGUAUGUAAUUAUGUAGAAUAGGUAGUAUUGAAGAUAGCAACGUGUUGUCUUGUUGGUGACCCAACACAGACUGGCCUGUUGUUGAGUAUGCUAAAAUGGAGCCUUCUCAGAGAACAUCUUUUACAAAUGAAAUUUUUCACCAGAACUGCAUUCUAUAGUGUUUGGUACAUUGUUCAAUCAAGAAACUCCUCAUACAUUCUCACCUGAGGAGGUGGAGCUAAAUGUGGCAGAUUCUUUUGAACAAAGUGUGUUUUUUUAUUGUGCAGUACAGAUGAAAAGACUCUUCUCAGGUGAGUCUGAAUGUACUGUAAUGGUGACAGGCCCAGGACUCUGCUUCAGAGCUUUUUGUACCAUUAUUUAAUGCUCAUACUCUAGCACCUAUGGAUGUAACAAAGAACUUAUAAUUCACACUGGCACCAGCUCAGGCUGCAAAAGACUGCACACAAAAUAUCAGGCAGAUUUGUAGUGUUUAAGUCUUUUUUAUUGUCUUGAUAAUUUUUGUAUACUGGUCUUUAAGUCAAUAAAAGUUUCUGGACAUAAAUCUUUUGAUCUGUUGCCUUACAUAUUCCCACAUCUUCUCAGAGCAUUUAGGCUAUUUGUACAGUCCUUUACAUCACUAGUUUAUUUUUUGUCGUGUGUCUCUGUUCAAUAAAGUGAGCCCAGAUAUGAUGUUUACAUAUCUACUCAACAUGAAAAGCAGUAGGUGACAGACAUCAACCCCAGAUAUGACAGAUAUUUUAUGGAUCUUGCAUUAUUGCUUUACAUAUAUUGGAGAAUCUGUUUUUUGAGAGUGUGUACAUUAAACUUGAUUUGAUGGAAUGGAAAUAAUGUUCUACAUCAGUGUUUCUCAACCCUCUCCUGGAGGGCCCCCUGCCCUGCAUGUUUUAGAUC